AUGUUGUCAAUAACUUCGGGAUCAACAGGAAAUCUGAAGAGGCAUUUAAAAACGCAACACCCAACGGUGUCCGUCAGCCGAAAACAACAACAACAACAACAACGGAAGCGAUCUCGUUCUCCCUCCGUUGACGAACCUCCGGCAUCAAACGAGACCUCUCAACAAAACCAGCCGCAUUCUUUAGAUUGUUCGCCCGUCGCUAGUCCCGCAUGUAUCGGCGUCUCGCCAGGCAACUCCGAUACGGCGAGCAACAGUCUUCAAUCUCCAGCCUCGCCUGCAACGGCGCCUCAGUUUCAAUCGCCUCCGAGCAGGUUUGUGGGUGUUCUUCGUCCGAUAGCGAUCUCCAAAAAGAGAUCUAUUGAUAUUCAAUUAUUAAAAAUGAUUUGCAAGGAAUAUCAUCCUUUCUCCAUUGUCGACGACGAAGAAUUUAAGACAUUUGUACGUCUCUUAAACCACCAUUACCACCUUCCGAGCUGUGAAACCCUUACAGAUAGCUUAUUGCCUUCUGUUUACAACGAGAUGUUAGUUAAAGUGAAAGCCGAGCUAUCUGACGCUCAAGCCGUUUGUAUAACUUGCGACGGUUGGACAAACAUUAACAACAUCAGUUGUUAUGCUCUUACAGCUCAUUAUAUCGACAAGGCCACUCAACCGAGAUCGUGUUUCGUUGACUGUUCGGAAUUUUCUGCACGGCACACAAGCGCUAACAUAGCUUCCUGGAUGAAUGAAGUUCUGGAAACAUUUUCCAUACGCUUCAAAAUUUGCGCCGUCGUCACUGACGAUGCCGCCGACAUGAAAGCGGCCGCGGCUGACUUGAAUCUAAGACACAUCGCGUGUUUCGCACGCGGUUUAAAUGCGAUGGUGAAAGAGGCGAUGUCAUCAUCCAUCAAUGAACUGGUAGACAAGGCAAAGGGUCUCGUUCAAUACUUUACACAAAGCAGCUCUGCUUUAGCUAAACUCCACGAGGUGCAAACGUCACUGAACAAAGACCACUUAGAGCUUCAACAGGACGUGCCGACAAGCUGGAACUCCACCUACGACAUGUUAGAAAGAUUAGUGGAAACCAGAGAACCGAUAGUGUUAACACUGGCGCUGUUAGGCUCAAAGGAACAUUUUAUCUUCGAAGCACACGAAUGGGAAGCCGCGGACCACAGCGUCAAGCUGUUGGCAGUCUUCAACGACGUAACUAAAGAAAUAUCUUCCGAAACAAAUGUUUCUUUAUCCAAAACGUCCAUUUUGUCAAGGAUAAUGUCAAGAAAGGUGGCGCAAUACCUAGAGAGCAACCCCGCUAUUCCCGAUAGCGUUUGUAAGUUAGGUAAGCAGCUCGCGGAGGGCUUGUCGAAGAGGUUUGGCAAUAGAGAGUCGAAUGAAAUGAUAUCUCAAUGCAUCAUUCUGGACCCCAGGUUCAAAAAAGAAGGAUUCGGGGAUGAAGCAAAAUACAGAUUGGCCUAUCAAGCGCUCGUUGGGAAGGUUCGGGUUUCUGUGGAAAGACAAGUCGCAGAAUCGAAUCAUCAGGCAGCGUCACAAGGUCAAAGUUCGUCUCCUCAUUCAGUAUGGGGGAAAUUCGACGCUUCUUUGAAUCAUUUGCAAGCCAGACAGGACCCGAUGUCUGAGGCAGUAGUAGAGAUCGACAACUAUAUCAAGGAAGCGCAUUUGCCUCGCACCAGCGAUCCAUUUCAUUGGUGGGAAUUGAGGAAAUUUACUUAUCCCAAUUUAUAUUCAGUUGUUGUAAAAAGACUUUGCAUACCGGCUAACAGUGUACCCUGUGAAAGGAUAUUUUCGAAGGCGGGGCAAGUAUGUGCCGAAAAAAGGAGCAGGCUAACAAGUGACAACAUGAAGACAAUAUUGUUCGUUAAUAAUAAUUUACAUUUAGUUUGA